UUAGUAGGAAGGAGUAAAUCACAAAGUAGAGAAGGAGAUUUUCGCCUAAUAAAAAGACGAACCCCGCUCGAGCUCUGCUUCCCUCUUCCUCUCUAUCUCUCGAUCCUUUAAAACGGCCGUUGGAGGUCCCAAAGAACCAUUUGAAGCGAUAUUUCUGAUCUCGAGGAGAUUCGCGCGAGAAGAUAACUUUCUGGGGAAAUAUUUGACUCUCUGCUUAAAGGGGGUGACCACCACAAGAUCUUGAAAGAUGGAAACAGAUGAUGAUCUGUGUCAGAACAACUGGGGAGGCUCAUCAUCAUCUUCUUCUUCCAAAUUGCGUGAGCCGGUAUGCUUCACCUCACAACAGCACAAGUGGGAAGAUGCUUCUAUCUUGGAUUACGAGAUGGGUAUGGAUGAGGAGCCAGUUUUUGACCACAUGAAAGCUUCUUCAAGCCAUGAUAACAACAACAACAACAACAAGAGCAACGGUGUUCAUUCUCAUGUUGAUUUCCUCCAAGGCGUGAGGGCUCAAGCGUGGGAUCCGAGGACUAUGCUGAGCAAUCUAUCCUUUAUGGAAGAGAAGAUUCACGAGCUCCAGGAUCUUGUUCAUCUCAUCGUUGGCCGAAACGGGCAGCUUCAAAGUCGUCAAGAACAGCUCAUAACCACUGAUCUUACUUCCAUAAUCAUACAGCUGAUUUCAACUGCAGGUAGUCUUCUUCCAUCUGUUAAGCAUAAUAAUAUGUCUUCUACUACAGCCCCCGGUUCAGCCUUGUUCCCUUAUCCAAGGGAGGCUAAUAACCUUGCUUCACAGACCCUUAACAACAACAACAACAACUCUUGCGAGUUCGAUUUGCCUUUGCCUUUGCCUUUGCCUAAGCAGCCGAGUGUUGUUGAAGAGAGGGAAAGCCAUGUUGUAGAAGAACAUGAAAUGAAAGACGAAGAUGACGUGGAGGAAGGAGAGAACCUUCUUCCCGGUUCUUACGAGAUUCUGCAGCUCGAGAAAGAGGAGAUCCUCGCUCCCCAUACUCACUUCUGCACCAUAUGUGGCAAGGGUUUCAAGAGAGACGCUAACCUGAGGAUGCACAUGAGAGGUCACGGAGACGAGUACAAAACUCCCGCUGCUCUUGCUAAACCCAACAAAGAAGCCCUUCCUGGGUCUGAGCCGUUGCUGAUCAAAAGGUACUCCUGCCCAUUCCCUGGCUGCAAACGUAACAAGGAUCACAAAAAGUUCCAGCCUUUGAAGACGAUACUAUGCGUCAAGAACCACUACAAACGCACCCACUGCGACAAGAGCUUCACUUGCAGCCGAUGCCAUACCAAGAAAUUCUCCGUCAUUGCGGAUCUCAAAACCCACGAGAAGCACUGCGGGAAAAACAAGUGGCUCUGUUCAUGCGGCACAACGUUUUCGAGGAAAGACAAGCUGUUUGGUCACAUUGCUUUGUUCCAAGGACACACCCCUGCCAUCCCACUUGAAGAGACGAAACCUUCUGUGCAGAGAGGGAGCUCUGAUUGCGGGAACAACAACACAGGAAUGAUUGGUUUCAAUCUUGGUUCUGCAACGAACGUUAAUCAAGAAACCUCACAACCUGGAUUCAUGGAUGGGAAGAUACGUUUCGAGGACUCCUUCUCGCCGCUGAGCUUUGACACUUGUAAUUUUGGAGGCUUCCACGAGUUCCCACGACCCAUGUUCGAUGAUUCAGAUAGUUCGUUUCAAAUGCUUCUUUCAAGUGCGUGUGGUUUGUCGCCCAGGAAUGGUGAUGGUGGGUCUGCUUCAAAUACUAGUCUCUAAAUACCCUUGCCAUAUAUAUGCUAUGUAAGAUGUUCUAGCUCUUCUUCUUUUUUUUUUUUCCUCAGCGUUUAGGCAGCUCCUUUUUGUGUAAUUUUGUUAUUUCCAGAAUAAUUAUUAGAUAAACAAAAAAGUGGAUUUCCUUUUUCUUAAAACUCUGUUGUAAUAUUAAAUUCUUUUUGUU